AUGUCUAAGGCUGAGUUUGGGAAGGCUGCAGAGGAAGUUAAGAACCUCCAGACCAAGUCAGCAGACGACGAGAUGCUAUUUAUUUACGGGCACUGCAAACAAGCAACUGUGGGCGAUAUGGAUACAGAUUGGCCCAGGAUGAUGGACCCCAUGGGCAAGGUCAAGUGGGAUGCCUGGAAUGAGUUGAAAGUCGGGACUAUCAAGGAAGAUGCCAUGAAAGCUUAUGUCUGCAAAGUAGAAGAGCUAAAGAAAACCAAAUACAGCGACGUUGGCUUUUGGUUCUUGGAGCACCAUGCUGUUUCCUUGGGGGAACACAGACAUGCCCUCUGCCCCCAACCUGCCCGUGACCUUAAAGACAAGUUCAACGGCAUCUGA